GUGUACUUUGGUCGCUGGCUGAUUGAUGGCUACCCGAAAGUGGUCUUGUUUGACAUUGGCUCUGCAGCCUGGAAACUGGACGAGUUCAGGCAUGAGCUCUGGGAGACAGCCAGCAUUGGGGUUCCCUGGCAUGACCGUGAAACCAAUGAUGCCGUCAUAUUUGGGGCACUUGUAGCGUGGUUCUUAGGAGAAUUCAUUAAAAACAUGACUGGUGACCCUAUGGUGACAGCCCAUUUCCACGAGUGGUUGGCAGGGGCGGGACUGAUCUACACACGGACGAGAAAGGUCAAUGCUGCUCUGAUUUUCACCACACACGCCACUCUGCUGGGCCGGUACCUGUGUGCUGGCUGUGCUGACUUCUAUAACAAUCUGGACAAGUUUAACUUGGACAAGGAGGCAGGAGACCGGCAGAUCUACCAUCGCUACUGCAUGGAGAGGGCGGCAGUUCACUGCUCCCAUAUCUUUACCACAGUCUCAGAGAUUACGGGAGUCGAGGCAGAACAUCUGCUCAAAAGAAAGCCUGAUGUGAUAACACCUAACGGCUUGAAUGUGGUGAGAUUUAGUGCGCUUCAUGAGUUCCAAAACCUGCAUGCUAUCAACAAGGAGAAGAUCAAUGACUUUGUCCGUGGACACUUUUACGGACAUUAUGACUUUGAUUUGGAUAAAACCCUGUACUACUUUACAGCCGGUCGUUACGAGUUUUCUAACAAAGGGGCAGAUAUGUUUAUAGAAUCUUUAGCAAGGCUCAACUAUUACCUCAAGUCGUGUAAUAGUGACAUGACCAUUGUGGCAUUUCUCAUCUUCCCUGCGAGGACCAACAACUUUAAUGUGGAAUCACUUCGAGGUCAGGCCAUUGCUAAACAGCUCAGAGACACUGUCAGCACCGUGCAGGGUCAGAUCGGCAGACGACUCUUUGAUAUCUGUUUACGAGGUCACUUACCCAGUGGAGAUGACAUUUUGACACAGGAUGACAUAGUCAAGCUAAAACGUUGUAUUUAUGCAGCACAGAGGCACAGUCUUCCCCCAAUUUGCACCCACAAUGUUGUAGAGGACUCCAACGACCAAGUUCUCAACCAGAUACGCAAAUGUAGCCUCUUCAACAACCGCCAUGACAGAGUGAAAAUCAUCUUUCACCCAGAAUUCCUCAACUCCACGAACCCUCUGUUUGCCCUGGACUACGAAGACUUUGUUCGAGGCUGCCAUCUUGGGGUCUUCCCCAGCUACUAUGAGCCAUGGGGCUACACACCAGCCGAAUGUACGGUGAUGGGUAUACCCAGCAUCACCACCAACCUGUCCGGCUUUGGCUGCUUCAUGCAGGAACACAUCCAGGAGCCCAAGUCUUAUGGCAUCUACAUUGUGGACAGGCGCUACAAGAGCCCCGAGGAUUCUGUGGGUGAACUGGCACAGUUCAUGUUUGAUUUUGCUUCGUUGUCUCGACGCCAGAGGAUUGUUCAGAGAAACCGGACAGAGAGACUCAGCGAACUGCUCGACUGGAAAAAUCUAGGAAUUCUCGUAAGCCUGUUUGGAGCACUGAUUGUGAUCACUGCAAUAGAGAAAGAAUGGCUAAAAAUGUAUAUUACAGUCGACAAGAAAGACUUCAAGCUGGCCAAGCCUGCCUCAGAGCCUGGCUCUCCCACCCCCUCCCAGGCAGCCACUCCACAGAAUGUUGAUCCUGAUGAUGAUGACACACAUCUCUAUGACGACGAGGAGGAGGAGACUCCUGGAGUCCAGUUUAGAGCAGAUCAACCAAUCGAUGCCAUCACUGUGUCUCCACAAAAACCCUGA